ACAGCUGAACCUUAAAAAAGUUCUUGUCAGUGGGGGAUAUUUAGAAUAUAAGGUAGAUACCCAGCAUCUUGAAGAAAAUGGAGGUCAGAAGAUUUGCAUUCUAUCACUGGAUGAAGCUGGAAGGGUGUUUUGCUGGAAGUCAUCUAACAACUCCAUGAAGCAGUGUCGUUGGGUGUAUGGCCGGCAAGUCUUCAUGUCUGAUGUCGCUUUAAAUGGGAACGAAAUAAUGUUUGUCACACAGGAUGGUGAAGCCUUUACGGGGAAGUGGCUAGAAGAAGGGAAAAAAAUCUCAGAAAAAAAAGCAGAACUUGUAUCGAGCCUUCAGAAUUCUUCAUGUGAUGUGUCCUGUGAACAUGAUACAAACAGUGUGUAUGAAAGAAUUCGACUUCAGAAGCUUACUUUUGUCCACCGAGCUGUUAGUAUUGCCGCUGAUCCUAAUGGUUGCAAUUUUGCUGUUUUACAGUCAGAUCCUAAAACAAGUCUCUAUGAAAUUCCAAGUGUGUCAUUAUCAAAUUUUGGAGAGGAUUUUGGCAAGCUGUUAGAUGAAACAGAUGAAAUGGACAGCAUCCAUGAUGUGACUUUUCAGAUUGGCACAAGAACUUACCCCGUACACAAAUACAUCUUGGCUGAACGCUCUGACUUCUUCAGGAAGCUGUUUGCUUCCAGUGACAACCAGCUAGACACUCCAGACGUCUACCGUAAAGAUGAAGAUGCUGUUGGAUGUGAUCUUUAUGUAAUAGAGAAAGUUCAUCCAGAUCUGUUUGUGUACCUUCUGCAGUUCAUAUACACUGAUACUUGUGAUCUUCUGACUCAUGGUUAUAAACCAAAAAUCCUGCAUAAAGGAAAAUCAGAAGAAUACCAAGAUACUUUAAUUUCUAACCUGAGCAAAAUGAGUUUUAAUGAAAAUGUUAAUGGAAAGUCGGCAUUUGAGAUUUAUAGAAAUAAUCAAGUGAAAGUUAUAAAUGAAAAACAGAAGACCAAAUCCAAAAAAUGCAAAGCUGUUGGUGAAGAAGCUAACCUCAUAAAAAUGUUGCAAAGUUCUGCGGAGAAGUUUGGACUCAGCAAUUUAAGUGAAAGGUUGGAUGGUGUCAGGUUAGAAAAUGGAAAAAUUAAUGUUGUCAACAAGAAGAAUGGGAACAAACUGAAGUUCAAUCAGAAGAAAUGUUCGUACCUCUGCGACGUGACACUGAAAUCUUUAGAUGGAAAGGAAUUCCCGUGUCAUAAGUGUGUACUUUGUGCAAGACUUGAUUAUUUUCACAGCAUGUUAAGCAGCUCAUGGAUUGAGGCUUCCUGUUGUUCAGCUCUGGAAAUGCCAAUCCAUUCUGACAUACUACAAAUAAUUGUAGAUUACCUGUAUACAGAUGAAGCUCUUGCGAUAAAAGAUUCUCAAAAUGUGGAAUUCAUAUGUAAUAUUCUUGUGGUGGCAGACCAGCUUCUUGUGUCCAGACUCAAAGAAAUCUGUGAAGUAGCCAUUGCAGAAAAACUUACUUUAAAGAAUGCUGCUGAGCUUUUGGAGUUCUCAGCAACGUACAACGCUGAACAGCUAAAACUGUCCUGCUUGCAGUUCAUAGUACUUAAUAUGGCAGCUUUGCUGGAAGCGAGGACUCUGGAUGUCUUAAGUGAUGAAGUUGUAAAGGAUCUUUCAGAUUAUUACAGGAAAACUAUUCCAGCCAUGGUCAGGAGAGUUAUUACUCCAUAUCCAGAUGGACCUGACAUAAGUUCUUUUGAACCUGAAGAUGGAGAGAACUUUGUCUUUUUAAGGGAAGAAAUGAAUACAGAACAAAAUUUUCAGGAAGCCCUUUUCAAAAAAGCAAAAAAUAAGGCAAAAAAGAAGCCACGAAAACGGUCCAAUAGCUCUGGAGGAUAUAAUUUAUCAGAUAUUAUUCAGAGUCCAGCCUCCACAGGCUCAGUAAAACUGGAUAAAACUAGCUCUGUAGAAUCACUUCCAGAACUCUUAACAUCUGACUCUGAAGGUAGUUACGUGGGAGUGGGUAGCCCCAGAGACUUGCAGUCCCCAGAUUUCACAAAAGGAUUUCAUCCAGAGAGGGCUGAGAUGAAGGACAAAGCAUGCAAUCAUGGUAUGAAACCCUCUCAACCUAAUAAGGAUAUGAAGUCAUACAAGGGAUCAUCAGCGUUGGCACAGUCUGUUCCACAGUCCAUUCCCAGUGCCAAAACCAACUCUGGAAGCUCUCCCAAUUGGGUAGCAAGUAGUUUCAGCCCUGCCAGCCCUCCUGCUAUGGAUCUAAGAACUAUCAUGGAAAUUGAAGAAAGUAUGCAGAAAUGUGGAACCAUGCCAAAGGCAAAUUCAGGCAGAAUGGCGUCUCAUGGAAUCAAGCUUUCUCAGAAGCAAAGGAAAAUGAUCGCUCUGGCAGCAAAAGAUAAUGGAUCAGUAACUAGCAGCACAGAGCCUACUACACUAGUAACGGCACCACCCCCACCUACAAAAGUUGCAAAACUAGGGAAUGCAUGGUCAUCUUCAUUACAUUCUGCUUUGCCAAAGUCAUUCCGUGAUCUUGUAAUGGAAGAAGAAAAAUGUAUGAGUGCAAAUAAUUCUCCUGGUACUAGUAUCAAACGAGCUGGAUAUAAAGGAACUGAGGAUUCAUCAGCCCAAAACACCGUAAGGAGCACCACUAGAAGUAGCCCAGGCCUAGAAGACCAUGUUCUGGACUCUCCACAGCUGGAGAGUCAUAAUCCUUGGUCAGCAGCAUCACCAACUAGCUCUCCUGUGAUAGCACCUGUCAUGUUUUCAGCUAUCAUAGAGGAAGAGCUCCAGCAAGAAGCUGCUCUUAUUAGGAGCAGAGAAAAACCUUUGGCUUUGAUCCAG